UUGCGUAUCGGGCAAGGAUGCAUCGACUUUUUUGCUGAGCUGGAGCCAUCUGUAACCGUCACCGAGCAAAACCUGGCAGACCGAGUUCGGUAUAUCUUGCGCUCAAAUACAUUUGAUGUCGCCGAACUCGAACGGCUACGACGUGAGGCUGUUCCUUCAUCGGGUGAAAAUGCUGCGGCUGAGGAUGCGGCGCCACAACUUGCUGAGCAAAUGGCAAAUGUGGAUGCCGCCGUGAAUACGCCAGUUGUGGUUGAUUCAAACGAUGAUGGAACAGUCGCCCAGGAACUGGAACUAGAGCAAAUGAGGAGUACAUUGGAGGAGGCGAUUGUGGAAACGCGCAGUACGCCUCUCGAAAAUCGACCGCGACUUCCCCACUUAGCCCUAAGCAAGCGGAAUCGGGCUGUCGUGAGGGCUUUGAACCCAAUGCUGGUUACCUAUUUGGAAGCCAGCCGGGACCUUUGCGAGACGGACUCAAUUCUUUUUGGCGCCGCACUGGCAGUCUGCCGUAUUAUAGGUGCCAAACUUUCCACGGCUGGACGAGCUACUGGGUAA